GAGGAGAGGGUAAAAAGGAGGAGACUCUAGAAGAGGGCGAGGAGGGGGUAGAUUUCAGGACAGCACCUUUAGGGACGCUGGCCUGAUGAUGGAGGGGACAGCUGAGGGCAGGAGAAAGAAGAGGAGGCCAGGAUGCUACAGGAGAGUUUGGAGGCCACCUGGCCCAGACAUACGCGAUCUGAUGGAUUCAGAUAAAAGCCCAGAUUUUGUGGAGAAAUUGGCUUACAAAUACAAGCAAAAAUGCAAAAUCGAGUCAAGUACUGAUUCUGAAUCUGAGACCAAUACGGAGGGCACCUUCACACGAGGAUUCUCUAAAAAAGCAAGUGACAUGAAACUUCAAUUUUUAGAUCCUUAUGAUGGAGACUCUGAAGAUAUACCGAAUCUUUCAGACUAUAGUUUGAAUAAUUGUUCCCUUGGGGACAUGAGCUUCAGUGGAGUUUCAAAUUCACUGAACUCACAUAUCCCAGAAGAGGUUGCUAUUGAAGACUCCACCUUUCUGAAAAGUCCAGAACUUGCCAAAUCUACCAGCUGGACCUCUCCAGCAUUAGAAACAAAUGACGUGUACAUGCAGCCAAUGAGUGAAGUGAAAUUGCCGGUAGGGAUCAUCAGUCAAUCGAGACUUUCAGAGCCAUCUGAAUUGCCUGUGGAUGCUAGAAUAAUUCCUGAGGUGCAGGGGCCGAGGUUAGAACAUUCCUGGUUCAUGAAUAUUGAUCCUCCUAAACCUGUAAGACACUCGGAAAACAUAGCAAGAGUGCCCUUGCAGCCUGCCAGGCUCAUGUAUGAUAAGGACAUUAAGUUGUAUAAACCACCACUGUUCAAGAGAAAACUGGAACUACCACAUUCAGAGUGUGGAAAAAUUAAAAGAAAGAAACAGCAUACAACAUAA